AUGAAUCAAAAUUGUAAAGUAUGUGGUGAACCUGCAGCGGGCUUUCACUUCGGGGCUUUUACUUGUGAGGGUUGCAAGUCAUUCUUUGGAAGAACCUACAAAAAUCUCACCUCGCUUAAUGACUGCAAAAAUAAUGGGCGUUGCACCAUCAACAAGAAAACUAGGACUGCAUGCAAAAGCUGUAGACUUAGAAGGUGCCUUAUGGUGGGUAUGUCUAAGAGCGGCUCCAGAUAUGGGAGACGGUCCAACUGGUUCAAAAUGCACUACCUAAUGCAAAACAACGAUAAAGCUGAUGAUGAUAAAAACAACAACACUACUUCUAUUGGUUAUGAUGACAAGACUUCAGAAGUGACAAGUGCCUCAGAUGUGAUAAAACACUUACCUCAAAAUAGUAAGUCAAUAAAGCCUAAUCUGGCUACCAGCAGCAAUCGAAUAUUCGGUGAGCCCUCUGUUAUAGAAUCUUCAAUGCAGCAGGUCCAACAGAAUAAAAAACACUUAUGGUUCUAUGUACUACCAAGUGAAUUUCAAGGAAAGAACUUUACAAAUGUAUUUCUUGACAACUACAAAAAUACUACAGUACAAGAAAAGAUAAAGCCUCAGUGUGACAAACCCAGAGCACCAUUUGUCAAAACUAACAUCCCAAGCACUACAAUUAGCUCUCAGCAAAUUCUACCUUCAAGUAUUUGUAGUAAUACACCUACAACGCCCAGAGUACAACAGUUGCCGGCUACUGAUUUCUCCUACCAGUCAAAUAAAACUCCAUUGCUGUCACUUACAGAACAAAACCAAAUGGAAGAGCAUAUAAAAUCCUCUCAUGGAAUGUUUAGCACUUCUCUCCAGCACCUUUUACAUCCAAUUCCUACUGUGCAUCCAUAUCUAUAUCAUCAUUAUUCUUCAUUAAUUUCACUAUACUCAAAACAACAGCACUUUUGGGAGGUCCUGUGGGAAGUACAAAACAGACGAAUUUCUCAACAUAACCACUCAGAUGAACAAAAAGACAAAGAGCCAUUAGCAGCAGUGGACUAUGAACCACCAAGCAAAGUCUUCAGGACAAAAACUGCACCAGGAAUCACCUUGACACACUCAUCAGUUUCAAACAAAUCACUUCCUGAUCACAACAUGAACUUAAUCUCAAAGCAGAGUAAUAGUUGUAAGACAGGUGUCAAUGACGCAAUGCAAGAUCCUACGAGUCUAAGAAUUCAAAACAAUGAAAAUGCUAAUAACAAAGAGUCUGGCUGUCAAACACAAGAUUAUCCAAUUGAUCUUAGUUUCAGAGUAAACACAGCAAAAGCUCAACAAGAGCUUGCUUGACAUAUGGGAAGUUCAACAAAUUCAUGCACGAUUAUCCAUCACCUAUAUGAUAUACUGUGUAAACUAUCAAAUAUGUUAUCUUUUAUACACUACCUAAAACGUGUAUUAUCUGUUCUACUCUAGCAUUGUUGGAGUACUUAUUGUAGAUAUUAAUGAUG